AUUACAAAUUUUUUACCUAAGCAACAACAACAACGCAAACAUCAUCAGCAGCAACAACACAAUAGCAAUCAGCGGAAUAGAAAUGCAUUGGCAGAACCAGAAAUAACCGACACACCGCUAUCAUUCGUAAACCAAAGUGAACAUUUAAAGGACUUAAGUCAGCACUUUUGUCGGAGAUGGAAGACCAAAUGCUUAAAGGAACUGCAGAAACGAAAGAAAUGGAACCAGUCCCAACAGAACGUCCAAGUCAACGACCUGGUGGUAGUUCGUGAUGAAAAUGUACCUCCAAAUGAAUGGAGAUUAGGCAGCAUCAUCAAAGUAUAUCCAGUUUUGGAUCAACGAGUUCGGGUGGUGGACAUCCAAACUCAACGCGGCCUAAUUUGUCGGCCUAUCACAAAGAUUGUCAUUGAAAUUAUUGAAAAUGACGACCAUCAACUGCCCCCUAUGCGUAGAUAGCCAUCUACUCCGCUGGUGCCCAAAGUUCCGCCAGAUGUCCGCAGAAGCUAGGCUGAGGACCACAUUAAUCCACCGAUUUUGCAGCAACUGCCUCGCGUCGAGCCAUUCGAAAAUUGAAUGCGACAGCGUAAUACGCUGCAAACGUUGCGGCAACCCACACCACACGAUGCUUCAUGGCAUCGGGUCAGACGCCGAAGAACAAGUCGACGAUGUCAUUGAAUUGACAUGGGCACAGCAGGUCGAGCAGCGGAAAUGGAGGAGAAUUCAUUGGCAAUCGGCCCGACGUAUUCGGAGCCUUAUCAACCAUGUCCACCGACGUCAACAGUCAAGCAUCCGCAAAGCUCUGACCAACGAUGCCUCUCCCGCAUACCACACGCCCAAGAUCGAGCCAGACUCGAGUCGUCUCGCCGACUUCGGCAUGCUGGUAACUUCAUUUCGGAUUGGCGGCAUGGCAACGAUCGACUGAGACUCGAUUCGUCUCAGCGACAUUGUCCGGACCGAACCAGACUCUAUUCGUCUCGUCGGCCACCCCAUCCGAAGCGAAGGCGUGGAAGAGAUGUUCGUCGUCAAGCCGAUGCACGCCAUAUCAUCAAGGAUAGGCACAUAACACUACCUUCGAACUGCAACCAGGUUCAAACAGCCGACGCUAAUAAGGUCUCUGGAAGACCAUUCCAACAGGGCAGCACCAGUCGAAGUAAUUUUGGGAGCCCGAACGUUUACUCCCAGCUCAUGUUGCCCGGAUUACAACUAGCGGCAAUGGGCCAACUCACCGCCCAAAAUACGACACUGGGAUAUAUAGUAUCCGGUGUCGUAUAGGAUCGGCACAAUAAAGUGCACUGGCUGCCAACGCCUCUCACAUUCACCACCUACCCAGGAUCGAGUUAGACUCGAGUCGUCUCGCCGACCUCGGAAGGUGGUGACUUCGAUGCAAAUUGGCGGCAUGGUAAUGACCGACUGAGAUUCGAUUCAUCUCAGCGGCAUUUCCCGGACCGAACCAGACUCGAUUCGUCUCGUCGGCCACCCCAUCUGCAAAGAAGACGUGCAGGAAGUGCAGGAGCCAGGUAGUUAAGUUAGCUUUAAGUAAUUCAUUGUAAACUACAUUUGCAGUAAUACUGCAAGGCGGGGAGAAUGUUAACGCCGCCCCGCCCAAUUUCUUUUGCCACGUCUGUAUCAGCAGAGUAAUCUUUUCUUUCUUUCUUUUCGAAGUUUUUUCGGAGUUUUAAUUAGCGCGCAACUAAACUCUAACUAAAAAAAGUUGCGCUCUUCCUUUUGCGACCGCUCAGCUAUACAGACGUGGUAAGUGUGUUUCCAAUUAUAUUAUAUUUAAAUACAUUUAUUAUAUGAAACCCUUUGUUUUAUUUAACAUUUUGUGGAAUAAUUGCGCCAACCGUUUCCCCACGGCCAACCGCAUCAUUGGAACGAGCGAGCACCGUG